UUUUAAGAUGACACUUUUUAUAGAGCUACAGCUUCUAUACUGCCAUUAUUCUUCUGUGGCAUCCAAGACCAGGAGGUGACAAAACAGCAGGCCACCAUGAGCCAAGUGACAAUCAAGGAUGUAGAAGUCCUCAACUGUGAAUAUGGCAAGAACACAAUUAAGUUCCUUCGCCUUCACAGAGAAGGGAAGAAGCACUUCGUUAAAGAAGUGGAAGUGUGCACGCAUCUCCGGCUGACUUCUGCUCAGGAGUACCUGGAGGGAAACAACUCUCUUGUGAUACCUACAGACACCAUGAAGAAUAUUGUCCUUGUGUUGGCCAAAAAAAAUGGGAUCCCAACUUUAGAACAAUUCGCUAUAGAUAUCUGCAAACACUUCAUGACAACAUUUUGCCAAGUGGCGUACGUCAAAACCUAUGUUCAAGAAGUACCAUGGCAACGUCUACACGAGAAUGGCGUUCCCCACGUCCACUCAUUCAUAUGCGUUCCUGAUGGGAUCCGCUUUUGUGAAGCUGAGCAGUGCCGAAAUGGUCCCCUGGUUGUUUUUGCUGGAAUUAAAGAUCUGAAACUUAUGAAGACAACACAGUCUGGAUUUGAAGGCUUCUAUAAGGAUGAAUACACCACACUUCCUGAAAGGCAUGACAGGAUUUUAUGCGGAGAGCUCUUCUGCAAAUGGUCAUAUGGCGAAUGCAAGGAUUUUGACUUUGACUGCAUAUGGAACAAAAUCCGUGAAUGUAUCCUUGAAGCCUUUGCCGGGCCACCCGACUGUGGGGAAUAUUCACCCUCUUACCAGAAAACUGUCAACUCUAUCCAGAUGCUCGUCCUUUCCAAAGUGUCACAGGUACAGGUCAUAGAAGUCAUCUUGAACAACACUUUUUAUAAUGUCGUAGACAUGAAGAAUCUAGGCUUGACCAAUGACAAAGAGGUUCUGGUUCCAGUGGAAACUCCCUAUGGCUCCUGCGCUUGCACACUUGGCAGGAAGAAGUUCUUAGAAGCACAAGGCCAUGUGCUAAAAGAUGAGAGGCAAAGUCAGUUUGGACUGGCAGCUUCCCAGGGAAACUAAACCUCUUGGCUACUCUCACACCUUCCUGAUAAACUUAACAGUAUGGCUUUCCUAUCAGCGUAUACUCAUUGGCCUCUUCCAUCGCUACUUUCCCUCUAGGAACUCCUGAGGUUGACAUUUCUGAAGGACCCUCAGGAAUUCAGAAAUCAAAGCCUGUCCCUGAAUCUCAGUGUGAUUUGCAGAUUGAAAUCCCUUAUGCUCUUGAAAAUCCCAGCUGGAAACAUUAUAGUCAAUUAAUUUUUAAACCAGCUAUUCCCAGACCUUUUAAUGAAACAAUUAAUUUGAUAAUGUCUGUAACAUGUUUUUGACAUGUAAAAUCAGCAACUCUGUAUAUUCUAUUUAUUAAUGUUCCUUCAGUAAAAUGAACAUACAGGCACGAGACCAGAUGUUUCAUUGACAUUACCUGUCAUGACCCCUUGAUGCCCCUCUGAUCUACAGAGCUGAGGUUCUGACCCAGUAACAGAACAGGGAAUCAGUCAGACACUGAUUUCUUUGUGAAGGAAAUGAAAAAAAGAAAAAAAAAAAGUCUCUCUCAUAUCUCCUUUGCAGUGUGAAUAGUUACAGCUGUUGACUAAUUUCUCUGCAUGUAUUCUGACUGCAUGGCUGCUGCUGCUACUCAUCAGACUAUACAGUUACUAUAUAAUUUUAUAUUAAUCACUGAGGUGUUUGGGGCUAUCUCUGUAAGUUUAAUUAAAUAGUUUUCUUUAGUCUAAUAAUCUCAUCAUGACUUCUGAGCAGGCAGGAGUCAACCUAAGUAACCCUAUUACUUUUGGGAGGGGUAGGGAGAAAGCUAGACAGACAGACAAAGCAUAUCUUCCUUUAGUUACCCCAGGUGAUAGCUCUGAAUAUAAAGAUAAAACUAUACAGCCAACAAUUCUCAUCUCGCAAACUGUGGCUACCACAUUUGCACCAGAAAUCCUGCUCAACUUCUGACAGCUUCUAACUGCUGCUCUCAUUUUCUCCGAGCGUCAUUUUCAGACUCCAUGUGACAGAGUGCAAAUCCAACGGGAAGUGCCCAAAGUUACUUCUGAAAACUGCAAUUCAGUUACCUUUGUGCCUUCUCAGUUGGGCAGACCUGCAGCAUUCCUCAGGGUACAAUCAUUAAAUUCAUAGGCACCGAAAAUGAGGAACAUGUCCUGCACCAUGUGACAUUUUGAGGUGCUUUUCAAGAUAGGAACUUGCCUUGGUGAGCAGGACAUAACAGAUGCGAAAGGAAGACACUGUUCACAAGCCUGAGAUAUCUCCUGAAAAACAACAGGACAAAUGACACCACAGAGUGAAGCUGUCCCAGAUAUGCUGUUCCCUGGUCACUAGCCAAUUCUGAAAGUUUUACUUACAACACUUCUAGCUUUUGCCAGGGACAUUCUUUCUUACCUUGUUAGAUUGUGUUGUAUUCUGCUUGUGGGCUUAUGUCUUGCUAUUUCUGCUAUUUUUAGGUGCUUGUAAUUUAUUAAUGUAUCUUUUAAGGGCGAAUAAAGAGCAACAUCAAAAAACAAA